UUUAUCACGCAUUUUGACGAUCUACGUACAAAAGAAACAAUUUCGAUCCAUAAGCUUAAACCCUAACUCAAACCGGUUUCAGUUUGACAGUUGACAGGUCGGUAUUGACAGUUGACAGGUCGGUUGACAGGGUGACCCUACAGUGACAUCACAUAUGUUUGGUUGUCAUUUUUUGCACAAUCUAUCGUUGUUUUGGUAUUGUUUGGCAAACGCUACACACACGGGAGCAGCAAAGGCUUUUUUUGGUUGUGAUAUUAACCGGGUUCAAAAAUUCCCUACGUAAUCUUAUGACGUUUUUGACCAUCGGUGGUGGCCGUCGUUACGUAGUGUUUUUCGGUUGUUCGUCGUUUCACAUUCGUCUGUUAAUGAGAUAAAACCAUGCGGCGUUCAUUAGGUGGGUCGCUAAACGUUGCUGCCACGGGACAAGGAAGUGAUGGUCAGUGGGUACGGUUUACCGUCCAACCGUUCAACGUUAAUGGUGGGCGUCGGUAAAACCUUUGUCCUUCCGGUGCCCGUUUCAAGUGCCGCUCAAAGCGGAAUAAACCCCGGUCACGUCCGCAUCAUCAUGGUACGGUAGCGCGCCAAAUUCUGUCCCGUUGCGUAUUGCCAAACUUCUGUAGUCGGUAUUCUUCUACCCCGGUGCAACCGGUGACUCCGUGUGUUCCGAUGUGUGAUAGAUUGUGCAUUCCGUAGAUGUUUUAUUUUCGUUCCUUCGAUUUAAUAUCAACUUUGAGCUGCGUUUUUGACGAUUGUCUGGUACCCGGCAGCAACAGAUUUCAAACGAAUCAGUAAAUUUAUUUGCCUGUGUAUCCCGGAACGUGCCAGCCAACCAUCAUGAGCCAAUUUUCCAGUAUAGCCACGUGCUUCGGUCACGUCGUGCUUGCCGCCGUGACAGGGUGGUCUUUAAAGUAUCUGCCGAGCCCGAACAGUACGCCGACUGUACCGUUUGUCUGGAUCAUGCUCUGGUGCCUGAUGGCGUACAGUAUGCUUGGCAUCAUUCGUUUCAGCCAUCCGCAGCCGGGCAAGAUGUUGCGCUUCCUGUACGAACAUAUCGCUUUACUCGCCAAGGUGUGUCCACUGCCGUUCCUUAAUGCGCAGCUGUACCUCCAGCCAGACCAACCGCUGUUUAAGCAACUGUUUCAGAACGGUCUAGGCUAUACGUUUUUACUCUCCGCGCUGGUGGCAUACGUCCUGUGCAACAUAUUCAGCGACCUGAAUCGUCGCCACAUCGGCGAGUACGUUUCCACCGCUGUACUACUCCUGAAUGCCGUCGGCCUUACGCUCGUCUCUUGUAGCAGUGAAAAUUUUUGGGCAAUGGGACUGGUAGUGUCCUUCGUCUCCAAACACUUCCUUUUGCCCCUCCUAGCGGAACGAUACCGUAUGCCGCACGCCCUCCUCUACACGUACGGAUUGAGCUUUUACGAAAUAUUCGCCGUGAAUGCCGUUAUCGAUGUACAAACUUCCACGAUCAGGGUGAUCAUGUAAUCAAGCAAAUCCAUUCCGCUUAUGCUCUGAUAUAUUUUACAGCAAACCGAAUCAGGUUAAGUAAAAAAAAACAUUCUAAACAAAGCCCCCGGGGUGCAACAGAUUGUCCGAUCAAGCGGCAAUAAUCGUUAUCAGAAUACUGAUUAAGGAAACAUUCUAAUACCUCGAUACGAAAGCGCAAACAAACUAACAAACCGUAGUGGUAAACCGUUAACCAGCAACAGGGAAAGUUUUUCUUUUUGAUACGACUACUUUUUUGCUACAAAAAAAAAACACGAUUGUGUACUUUUGCUUUACGCACAGAAACGCAUGAACGAUAUAUACAUAUAUACACAGAAGGCUAUUAUAUUCAUAUACAAAUGUAGGUAGUGUAAUGUUUUGGGGAAAAAAUGAACUUUUUUAUUUUGUAAAGAAAGUGAGGUGAAAAUGUCUGUUAGUAAGGUGAAAAUCAAAUCAAAGGAAUGAACACCUUCUGCUGCCUUUUUGUAUAAGUUUAGUCCUUACUUUGUCUAACCUUAUUGUUUUUUUUU